AUGGAAGGAGCCGAUCGUGCAUACGCAUCCACGUUCAGGCAAAGAAUGGAUGACAUUCUGCAUACAAACGUCGAGUCAGCACACGACGGAAGCACCCCACGCACCUCACAGCGCAAUUCGCCAGAACCUGCACUAGGACCGCAGGAUUCUGCAUCGCAAGUUGGAGGACCAGCAUCCCCAACCCCAUCGCUCUUACCCACCUAUGUUCCCCCCAUCUGGGAAUUCGAGGACACCAUCCCGGACCACAUCCGCGAAUGGGUUAUUGUCGCAAUGAAACUCACGGUCAGUACCGAAGUCGCCAAGAUCUACAAUGUGCUCAGAAACAAGAUGUACGAGCACAAGAAAGCCUUCGAGUCACUAAUCCAAAACAACAAGAGCGAACACCGACUCAAGGAGGGAAUGCUCCAGACGGAGAUCGGGAAGCUCAAGGAUAGGAUCCUCGCACAAGAUGCACAUAUGACGGUGUUGAACAAUGAGCUCACAGGAACCCAGGCGGCAAUGCUCGACACGGGCAAAGAAAUGAUGGAAAUCAAGGCAGCUAACUAA